UUUGUCUGCGUCUCCGAGGACAGCACUGGUGCGUAAGGCCGAUCUCCUCCGUCCCUCUUUCUUUCUCUCUCUCUCUCAUCUGCAUCUUUAUGCAACUCUUUUCCACCAUCGCCACUACCGCCGCCUCAGAGAUAGGCUGGAGGGCCUGCGAUUAGUGGUGUGGUUGUGACUCUUGCUCGAGGUUGCUUUGAGGGGGUCUCUUGGACCAAGAUUUGUUGGUAGUUGUCGAGACUUUUAUCAGCGCCCAACUUUUUCCUUGGAGUCGACAGCCAUUGCAAGGCGUCUGCAGCGUACGAGGUGGAUCUAGAGGCGAUCUGCACCCGAGUCUCUGCGAACCAGCAAGCGGAUUCCAGGGCUAUGGCGACGGGUAGGGGAUGGUGGGUUUCGCCGGUCCUGGGGGUGAUUUCUUGGCUGUGCCUGGUGGUCGCCGUGAGUGGGAUCGGUGCCAACUGGGGGAUGCAGACGAGCCACCCGCUGCCGCCUUCCGUGGUGGUGCGGAUGCUCAGGGAGAAUGGGUUCCAGAAGGUGAAGCUGUUUGACGCGGAGGAAGGGAGUAUGAAUGCCCUCAGGAAGAGCGGGCUCGAGGUGAUGGUUGGCAUCCCCAACGACAUGCUCGCAGUGCUGGCGACGAGCGUCAAGGCCGCGGAGCGCUGGGUCAAGGCAAAUGUCUCCGACUACAUCAACGGUGGAGUUAAUAUCAGGUACGUUGCUGUUGGAAAUGAACCUUUCUUGGAGACUUAUAAUGGGAGUUUUCUGCAAUCAACCUUUCCAUCCCUCCAAAAUAUUCAAGGUGCCCUCGUAAAAGCGGGUCUGAGCAGCCAAGUUAAAGUCACCGUUCCCCUUAAUGCUGAUGUCUACCAAUCAUCAAGUGGCCGACCUUCGGAUGGGGACUUCCGCUCUGACAUCCGCGAUCUCAUGCUUGCUAUCGUCAAGUUCCUCAGCGACAAUGCUGCUCCCUUCACUGUAAACAUCUAUCCUUUUAUCAGCCUCUACAGCGACCCCAACUUUCCUGUGGAAUAUGCCUUCUUUGAUGGAUCCUCGGCUCCUGUUGUUGAUGGUUCGGCAACCUAUGACAACAUGUUUGACGCAAACCAUGAUACUCUCAUAUGGGCCUUGAAGAAGAAUGGCUUUGAAAAUCUCCCCGUCAUUGUUGGUGAAAUUGGUUGGCCCACGGAUGGGGACAUGAAUGCAAAUAUUCAGUAUGCUCAAAGAUUCAAUCAGGGUUUCAUGACCCACAUUGCAACGGGGCAGGGCACACCAAUGAGACCAGGACCUAUUGAUGUAUACCUCUUUAGUUUCAUCGAUGAGGAUGAAAAGAGCAUCCAGCCAGGAAAUUUUGAGCGGCACUGGGGUAUAUUUACUUAUGAUGGGUUGCCCAAGUAUCAACUUAAUCUCAGGACGACGAACUCAGGUUCUUUAGCAAGGGCCAAGAAUGUCAAGUAUCUGGACAAGAAGUGGUGUGUCUUGAAGCCUUCAGUCAAUCUCGAUGAUUCAAGGAUCGCUCCUAGCGCGAGCUAUGCAUGCGCGAAUGGGGACUGCACCAGCCUUGGAUAUAAGACUUCAUGUGGUGAUUUGGAUGCACGAGGGAACAUUUCAUAUGCAUUCAACAGUUAUUACCAGAAGAACGAUCAGGAUGAUGUGGCUUGUGGAUUUUCGAACUUAGCAACCAUCACAAACAGGGACCCAUCCACUGGGAGUUGCAGGUUUGAGAUCAUGAUCGAGGCUGAUUCUGGAAUCUCAUGGACUGUAUGGCAAAUCAGAUACCAGAGAGAGAAUCUUCUGCUGUGUGUAUUUGUUCAACUAUUUUUGACAUUGCUGUGACAUGCCGACAUUUUCAACCUGAGAUUCUAGUGAAUUUGGAGCCAAUGCUUGCUUCAGGAAUGUAUUUUUUUGGGACUCCAACGAUGAAUGCAGGGAGGACAGGUGAGCUGCGCUAAGCGCGCAAAUGCGGGGGGGGGGGGGAAAAUUCAGUGUUAAGGGCAAUGGCCAUGACCUAAAUAGGUUUCAUUCGAGGCAAGUGUGUAUUUUAUUUAUGGGGCACAAUAUCAUCAGAGCCGCUGCACUUGGAGCGGAAAGAAAAAGUCUAGCUUAUUAUC